AGUCGUACCUAAGUAUAACUACAAACCAAGCUGUCGAUUGUACUACGCCAUACGCCAAUGGCCAACUCGAGUGAUUUGCAGUCGAACCGCAGGCAGUGCGGGUACAGUGCACGAGGCUUGGAUUGGCAGCAGUGACAAAAUCGCCUAUAGGCGGUAUAUUUUUACGUUUACUCAAUUGUGGAAAGCGCCUGCGGCCUGUAUGUCAGGUUUAUCGGUUAGGUUAUGUACGCUUAUUUACGUUCCAAACACAGCGCAGCGCACAGUGGUUAAGUUGCCAGAUAUAAUAUAUAUACAUAUAUAUAUAUAUAUAUAUAUGUAUAUAAUAACAGAAGAGAUGAAAUCGUAUAAAAAAGCGGUGAUUAUUAAAUAAGUGAGAAAAUAUUUAAUAAAUUUGCUUUUCCAUAGAGAAUUACAGCACAAAUUUGUCGACUGAGAUGUUAAACUUAACGUGUGUAAUACGUUGCAAAACGCUUUUUAUGGCAAAAGUACUACGCCGCGGUCUGAGCAGUGCUCGAUUUAAGGAAUCCUUGCAAUAUCGUAUUUUGAAUUAUUUCGAGACUUCACGAAAAAGUCAGCAAACGGCUCAGCAAUGUGAAAUUUCGGCGCAAUCGAAAGACAUUGUUCCUACAAUUAAUAAUGAUUUGCUCGAUCCAAACCAAGCAAAAAAAUUAGAUACCAUUUAUCGCGAGUUUGAACAUAUAUUGACGAUAAAUGAUAUACAUUUGGUCCAAGAAAUGAUAGAAAAUCUUGAUUUACAAUGUUUUGCAUUAAUAAAUUCAUUGAAGUUUUCAGAAAUUUUAACUUUGAUGACUGAAUUUUUCAAAGUUGCUCCAACACAGUUCGUAAAAUCUUUUUUCUACAACAGGUCUAUUUCUAUUCUAAUUAAGGCUGCAGAAAAUAAAAGUUUAACUAACCAUGAAAGUGUACAGCUCUUAUACUUUAUUUCACUUCACAAAGAAAACAGUGCCAAUUACAUAGAUUACCUGAAGCCAUUAUUACCAGACAUGAAUGACUUACCUUUAUUUGAGAAAUGUAUCACUGCUCAAUCAUUUUAUAAAACAUCUACAAAAUUGCAACUUCGCCAAUCCAGACUAUUGGAGCAAUUAAUAGAACAGGACUUUGAACAAUUGAUUGGUGAUCCAAUGUUACUUGUAACAAUAUGUAAAGCAAUAAUAUUAAGUGAACCAAGCAAUGAACUGACUUUGAAACAUUUAAGUAAAGCAAUUAUUGAAUUAAAAGAACCAUUAAAUUUUAAUAGCGUGGCUCAUGUUUUGAGAUUGUAUGCGGAAACUCUUCUAUUUGAACCAAAACCCAUAGAUAAGUUGGUAAAAUGCGGAAUUGACAUCAUUGCAAAAGAUUUGGAGCAUGGAAAACAUACUCUAAGUAUACCCGAUGUAGAUACGUUUUUAUGGAGUAUCAGUUAUUUAGGUAUAACUUUGACAUUAAGUGAGAAAUUGAUACUUCGAACAUGGAUUGAACAAAACCUGAGAAAAUACAAAACUAGAGAAAAUUUAGGAUAUCUUGUGAAUAGUCUUCUAUGUCUGCAUAUGCUUCGAGAUUGGAGUACUAAGGUAAUUAAAAAUUGUCUUGGAGAACGAACAUUUGAGCCAAUCUUUUAUGAUAAGUUUCAUUGGAAAGUGCAGUCUAGAUUGCAAUUGCUUAUAAGUCAAAUUCGUCUAGAAAUGAAAAUGCAAGUACCCCAUUCAUUAUCAAAACAAAUUAAAAUUGGAUUCACUCCAUCGCAAAAUCUACAAGCAGUGGUAGAAGUUGGAUUCUCAUUAGCUAAUAAAGGAAUUAUCAAAGACGCUAUUAUUGAAUGUCCAAUCAAAACCUUAAUUAUACCAGGAGUAACAAUAACUACUAAAAAGGACACAUAUCACGUUGAUGUGUUGGAUAAUUUGACAUGCUUAAAAAACACUAAUAUACCAAAUGGUUUGACAAACUUGAAAUUACGUCUUCUGUCUCGAUUGAGAUAUCGACAAAUUUUAAUACCAGGACAAAUAUUUAAAGAAAAUCCAGAAAAAGUACCAUUAAUUGUUGAGGAAAAAAUAAGGAAUAGUAUAAAGUAUGGAAGAGCAUCUGAAUUAUUUUCUGAAAAUAUCACAGAAAUUUAAUCUAAUUUUUUACACAUUCAAUAAUGAUAGCAUUGAUAGCUAUUAUAAGCCUAUCACAUGUAUGAUAAUUUGUAAAAAGAUUUAUAGUGUUUGUUGAUUAGUUAUUAAAUAAAUUCAUUUAAUAAAAAUUUGUAGAUAAGAUUUAAAA